AAAAAAAAAAAAAAAGAUAGGUUUCACAUGCAAACUGUCAAGCGAGCCGAUGGCAGCGAUACAAAUCCUCCAGCUACUCUGUGACGUACAAAUGGAGGACAGGACUGUCACCAGAUAAUCGGUGCUGAGGACUCUUGAGAAACCCAUAUGAGAUGUGAAGAUUGAGUGACUUGAAUAACGGCGUCAUCACAGAGGACUGAACCAUCGCCAUCAUUUCACACGUAACCUUUCUCCGCCUCACAAACGCACACCUUCGUCCACCCAUCUCUGCUCUCCAGCCCAGGCAGAGCGGACCCGGCGCUGUCCCUCAGGCCUCGCACCCUCAUAUCGGCUGUGUUGGUGUACGAUGGCACGGUGGGACGCUGAGGGCCGCCGCGGGGGACUGUGAUGUCAGAGCCCAACAGCCCGGGCGAGAGCCGGCGUGGCGCUCCCAGAUUCUUCGUGGGCUGCGAGGACGAUGAGAGCGAGGCCCUGGAAGACAGCAUGAGGACAGAGAUGGACCUGUAUGAGGACGACGAAGACACGGACUUGCCCCCGGAGCGACAGAUCGUGGUGGGGAUCUGCUGCAUGAUGAAGAAGUCCAAGUCCAAGCCGAUGACCCAGAUCCUGGAGAGGCUGUGCAAGUUUGAGUUCAUCACCGUGGUCAUCUUCCCUGAGGACGCCAUCCUCAACGAGCCCGUGGACAAAUGGCCUCUGUGUGACUGCCUCAUCUCCUUCCACUCCAAGGGCUUCCCGCUGGAUAAGGCCGUGAGCUAUGCCAAGCUGAGAAACCCUCUGCUCCUCAAUGACCUGAACAUGCAGUACUACAUACAGGACAGGAGAGAGGUGUAUCGCAUCCUGCAGGAGGAAGGGAUUGAUUUACCGCGCUACGCUGUGCUGAACCGCGACCCAGACAACCCAGAUGAGUGUAACCUGGUGGAAGGAGAGGACCACGUGGAGGUGAACGGAGAGGUGUUCCAGAAACCUUUCGUUGAGAAGCCCGUCUGCGCCGAGGACCACAACGUCUACAUCUACUACCCCACCUCUGCUGGUGGAGGCAGCCAGCGGCUCUUCAGAAAGAUCGGCAGCCGGAGCAGCGUGUACUCACCGGAGACCACCGUGAGGAAGACGGGCUCUUACAUCUAUGAAGAGUUCAUGCCCACAGACGGCACGGAUGUCAAGGUCUACACUGUGGGGCCCGACUACGCUCACGCUGAGGCUCGGAAGUCCCCGGCUCUGGACGGGAAGGUGGAGCGAGACAGCGAGGGGAAGGAGGUCCGCUACCCGGUCAUGCUCUCUGCCAUGGAGAAGCUGGUGGCCCGUAAGGUCUGCCUGGCGUUCAAGCAAACUGUGUGUGGCUUCGACCUCCUCCGAGCUAAUGGACACUCGUAUGUGUGCGAUGUCAACGGUUUCAGUUUCGUGAAGAACUCGAUGAAGUACUACGACGACUGUGCCAAGAUCCUCGGGAACAUCGUGAUGCGUGAGCUGGCUCCUCAGUUUCAGAUUCCUUGGUCCAUCCCGACGGAGGCGGAGGACAUCCCCAUUGUUCCCACUACUUCAGGGACCAUGAUGGAGCUACGAUGCGUCAUCGCUGUCAUCCGUCACGGAGACAGAACGCCGAAACAGAAGAUGAAGAUGGAAGUCCGCAACCCCAUGUUCUUUGAUCUAUUUGACAAAUAUGGAGGAUACAAAACUGGGAAAUUAAAGCUGAAGAAGCCCAAACAACUGCAGGAGGUGCUGGACAUCACGCGUCAGUUGUUGGCAGAACUAGGACAGCACAACGACUGUGAGAUAGAAGAGAAGAAGUCCAAACUGGAGCAGCUGAAGACUGUUCUGGAAAUGUACGGCCAUUUCUCUGGGAUCAACAGAAAAGUGCAACUAACUUACCUGCCCCAUGGGCAGCCCAAAACCUCAAGUGAGGAGGAAGACACGCGUAAGGAGGGUCCAUCUCUGCUGCUGGUGCUGAAGUGGGGAGGAGAGCUGACGCCUGCUGGCAGAGUUCAGGCGGAGGAGCUGGGGAGAGCCUUCCGCUGCAUGUACCCCGGAGGUCAAGGAGACUACGCUGGAUUUCCAGGCUGCGGCUUGCUCCGGUUACACAGCACCUACAGACACGACCUGAAGAUCUACGCGUCCGACGAAGGCAGAGUGCAGAUGACUGCCGCGGCUUUCGCAAAGGGUCUGCUGGCUCUGGAGGGCGAGCUGACACCCAUCCUGGUGCAGAUGGUGAAGAGCGCCAACAUGAACGGGCUGCUGGACAACGACAGCGACUCGCUGAGCAGCUGCCAGCACCGCGUCAAGGCCCGACUCCACGAGAUCCUGCAGAAGGACCGGGACUUCACCGACGAGGACUUCGACAGGCUGGCCCCAACCUGCAGUGCCUCUUUGGUGAAUUCAAUGAAGAUAGUCCAGAACCCGGUGGCCACAUGUGACCAGGUCUACGCCCUCAUUCAGAGCCUCACCUCCCAGAUCCGCACAAGGAUGGAGGACCCCACGUCAGCCGACCUGCAGCUGUACCACAGCGAGACUCUGGAGCUGAUGCUGCAGCGCUGGUCCAAACUGGAGAGAGACUUCCGCAUGAAGAACGGCCGCUACGACAUCAGCAAAAUACCGGACAUCUACGACUGCGUGAAGUACGACGUCAUCCACAACGGCACUCUGGGCCUGGAGGACACGCUGGAGCUGUUCAGACUGUCUCGAGCUGUGGCUGACAUCGUCAUCCCACAGGAAUAUGGCAUUAAUAGAGUGGAGAAACUGGACAUAGCAUAUGCCCACUGCCUCCCACUGGUGAGAAAGAUCCAGCUGGACCUGCAGAGGACCCACGAGGACGAGUCCGUCAACAAACUGCACCCGCUGUACUCUCGAGGUGUGAUGUCUCCGGGGCGCCACGUCAGGACACGGUUAUAUUUCACCAGUGAGAGUCACGUCCACUCCCUGCUCAGCAUUUUCCGCUACGGAGGCUUGCUCGAUGAGGAGAAGGACCAGCAGUGGAAGCGUGCCAUGGAUUACCUCAAUGCUGUCUCCGAACUCAACUACAUGACUCAGAUUGUCAUCAUGCUGUACGAGGACAACAAUAAGGACAUCUCCUCCGAGGAGCGCUUCCACGUAGAGCUUCACUUCAGCCCCGGAGUCAAAGGCGUCGAGGAGGAGGAGAACGCACCGACUGGCUUCGGCUUCAGGCCGGCUUCUGCAGAGGUAGCGCGGCAGAAACAGACCGACCCCGGCAGCCUGGAGGACCUCUCACGAGAUGAGACCGACCGCGCCUUGCCGCUGUCUGAGCCAAUCACCAUUCAGAGGAAGUCCCCACUCAUACGCAAUCAAAAGACCGGAUCCAUGGAGGUUCUGUCGGAGAUAUCGUCCUCGAAAGUCGGCAGUUAUCGCCUCUUCUCGUUGUGCUCACGUCAAUCCCCUGAGAUGAAACAGAGUGGAUUAGGCUCUCAGUGCGCCGGGCUCUUCAGCACCACUGUCCUAGGGGGGUCCUCUAGCGCCCCCAACCUGCAGGACUACGAACGCGCACAUCGCAAAAAAUUCUCCAGCGGCAGUCUGUCCUACAAAGACGAGUUGUUGUCUAUGCCGGCAGUAAAACGAUUUUCUGUGUCGUUUGCAAAGUAUCCGACUAAUGAGCCCCUGGAGGAGCCCAGUGUGGCCCAGUUGUUGAGGCAUUUCCCCGCUGACCUCAGCCUGGACGGGGCGCUGGCCCACCACCUCCACCAGUGCUCCUACCACCUCCGCCUCUUCCGAAACUGGCUCAUCUCCGGCCAAGACCCCCUAGAGUACCUCCACGGCUUCGAAGGCUGCUCCAUGGUGCCCUCCAUCUAUCCUCUGGAGACGCUGCACAACUCGCUGUCGCUGAAACAGGUCAACGAGUUCCUCACCGGCGUGUGCGACAGUGCGGGGGAUCCGCACACGAGGACCACCAGAGUUCUGUCGGCCAUGUUUGACACACACAACCAGCCGUCGGUGGACUCGUACCUCCCUCAGAGAGUCCUCUCUUCCUCCAUCACUCUCAGAUCUCGCUCUGACAGACCUCCUUGGUACAGCAGCGGCCCAUCCAGCACGGUGUCCAGCGCCGGGCCGUCCUCCCCCACCACCGCGGACACCUCGCCACGCUUCAGCUUCAGCGAUAAGAUCUCCCUCACCCCUCAGAGCAGCGAGGAGACUCACUCCUCUCAAAACGUCUCCGCUCAGCCGGCGCCGGGCCUCGACCUGACUUGCUCCGCCGAAGUCCCUCCGACUCCAUGUACCUCGCUAGAGGACGACUUCAAGCUCUGCGCUGUUACCGGUCAAUGGCCCGAUGAUGCCGAAUGCGCGCAGGAAGGGCCUGAGGUGGCGCUCGCAGACGGCGACGCCUCCUCAGACGCUGGCCCGAGGCCGCCGUGCUCUGCGUUGGUGGAGCUCCCUCUGGCUCGGAUGGAGGGUUACUGCCUCCCCGGCUCGCUGCCCGUGCUGCUGGAACUCAGAGAGAGCAGCAGCGAGGCCGGCUCCAGCUCCCAGACGCCGCAGUCUCCCGAGGGAGCCGACGAGUUCUUUGACACUCUGGAGUCGAUGGAGCUGUGGAUGGACGGUCCGGAGAGCCUCCCGCUCACUGAGACACCGCUAGAGGCGGCGGCGGCGGCUAACGCAGCAGAGCCGUAGAGGGGCGGAGACUAAACAAACUCAGAUCUGUGUUCAACACCAUACAUGCUGUUCAUUGCCUUUUAAAUAAAGGCCCACUGGUUAAGGUCAUCUGUCUGUAAAGAUGUAGGGAGCCACUUGAUCUGUUACUGUUGCUUUGUUGCCCUUUUCUUAAAGCUGCGUUAAUCCAUUUGUUUUUGGCCACUAGGGGGCAGAAACACCCACCAAGCUGUUGAGGUGUUACACAUCCAGCAGAUUUAAUAAUGUUAUCAUCCUGUUGGGAGUUGUGUUUGUGUCCACGUUCUCUCUGUGUUUAGCUCUGGUUUGCUCUCUCCUGAGAGAAGAACAUCAUUUUAGCUGCUAGAUGUUCGCCGACACUGUUCACGUGCACAGAAACACUCCAGUGUGAACUCCCUUAUAGUGAUCAGUGAUCAAAAGGUUUGGGACAGAAUCAUUCCUAAACAAACGCUGCUUAAUAAUAAUCAAGUAGUCCACUUACACAGUUCAUUGUGUACUUGUUAACAGUACAGUAACUUUGAUUACAUUUAGUUUUUACUCCCACGAU